AAAGUAGAGGAAGCGUAAACAACAAUAGACGUUUUUCUUUCGUUCGUAUUUUUAACAGUUAACCCAGACUACCUGCUUGGUUCAAGUAACCCUUCAGAGCUUGAUAUUUCAUACAGAACCAGGUUGACACUGCAGCAUCAAGAUGUCGUACAUGCUACCGCAUCUCCACAACGGCUGGCAGGUCGACCAAGCAAUUUUAUCCGAGGAGGACAGAGUUCUUGUUAUUAGGUUUGGACACGAUUGGGACCCAACGUGUAUGAAAAUGGAUGAAGUCCUGUAUAGCAUAGCUGAAAAGGUGAAGAAUUUUGCAGUAAUUUAUUUGGUGGACAUCACAGAGGUGCCGGACUUCAACAAGAUGUAUGAGUUGUAUGAUCCUUGCACUGUCAUGUUCUUCUUCAGGAACAAGCACAUCAUGAUAGAUCUGGGGACUGGUAACAACAACAAGAUUAACUGGACCAUGGAGGACAAGCAGGAAAUGAUUGACAUUGUUGAAACUGUUUACAGGGGUGCACGAAAAGGACGAGGUCUGGUUGUAUCUCCUAAAGACUACUCUACCAAAUACAGAUACUGAUUGGUUCUUUUUCUAUUGUUUGUGUGAAGUCCGAUGAGAGCAAAUCUGUGUCCUUUCAUUUAAGACCUUCUGGACAACUGGUCUUCAGAAAGGCUCAGAUUGUGGUGGUCUUUUUUAUGAUGUUACAAAAGUCAAUUUCUUUUUCAACAGCAUUUGUAAUAAGCAUCCUUUGGAUUUAUCAUGAUGUUUAGUUAUGCAAUAGGCUGAUUUUCAAACUCAGAAUCGAAAGUUUAUCUAAGUUCAAAACUAGUCUUAAUUUAUGUCCAGACAAUUGGUCUGAAUGUUUAUUUCUGGGUUUACACAGGCAAUACAACUCUGAUAAUCCUUUUUUAAUAGGUGUUUUUUGACCAGUCUCAUCAGAUCUUUUCAAAUCUGAAAAUUUUUAGAGCUAAUCAGAUUGGUCAAAAACAGUCAGUGACAAAGAACACAAUUACGCUUCCUGUGUUACCAGCCUAUGUGAUUUGUUUCUUGUGAAACGCCAUGGGUAGUACUAUUAUGACGAGAAUCUUGCAGGAAAGACUUGGAAUCAUCCAACCCCAUUCUCAAUAAACAUUUAUUGUAUUAU